AUGGGGAAGAUUGAGGACCGUGCGGCCGAAUUGGGCUAUGAAUUGCUCACAGCGGGUGUGCCAAAGGGCAACUACGUCAACGUCGUGCGCACGGGCAAUUACAUUUACACUGCUGGACAUCUGCCCGUGACAGCAACAGGUGAGCUUAUCACUGGUAAACUGGGCAAGGAUCUGACCACCAAAGAGGGAUAUGCUGCAGCGCAACUUGUCGCGCUCGCUCUGUUGUCUACUCUCAAGAAUGAACUAGGCGAGCUAGACCAUAUAAAACGCGUGGUGAAGCUCACGGGCUUCGUUAACUGCGUCGACACGUUUACAGCCCAACCGGGUGUGAUCAACGGCGCGUCAGACACUGUCGCCGCCAUCUUCGGUGACAAGGGGAAGCACGCUCGUUCCGCUGUUGGCACCAACGCGCUGCCGCUCAAUGUAGCGGUGGAGAUAGAGGCCAUCGUGGAAGUCGAGGCUGAUGCGCCUUCGCUCUCGUAA